ACUCCCCGUUGUAAAGCACAGUGUAUACACAGCUGUGUGCACUGUUCUCCCGGACUGUGUGUGGUACACACGUUGGCACGCGUGGAAGUUUCCUGCCAGUGUAAACCAGGGCAUUGACUGACGAUACGCGGCCAGCAGCAGGCUUUCUCCUCGUUCUGACUUCGGUGCUCUGUGCAGCCAGGCUGCAGUUUGUCUCAUGAAUAAUAACAAGUAAUAGGCAAUGUGAUGACGGCGAUGUGCCAUGUGCCGGUGAGCAGCACCCUCCUGUGGGCCAGGUCCAUAUUCCUAAAAUGCAAGAAAUGACAGAUUUGGUCAGGUUUGGUGCUACUUGUACUUUACAUUAGGUGUAGUUAUAGCACAUGGUAUUACAUAUUCAGCCUUACAAAAUUGCUGCAAUGUGUUUCAGUGUUAUUUGACAUAACAGGUUAUAUGACUUAGUCAGGCCAUGGCCAGUAAGGGUCAGGGCAAAAAUUAGAGCAGCUCUGGGUGCAUUUCUGGUCAGUUACUGGGAGCAUUAUCUCUGCAUACAUGUCCUUGAGUUAUACAAAAGAUUUUCUUGAUCCAGCACGCCUCAGCUUUUACCUGAGGAUGCCUUUUACCUUAGGAGACCUCAGCGCACAUGCUGUAAUUUUUGUGUUGGUGCCAACAGAGUGGUAGGAGCACUCAAUUACGGAGAAUGCCAGCAGGAGCUUUCUGGUCUCUUGAAAAGCAUAGGACAGCCAUUGCCUUCAGCAGCGUGACUCUGAUUCCUGCCGGUACAGAGCUGAGAUAACGGAUUUCAAUCAGCAGGACCCUUUCACCGUGCUACUCAAGGCUCUACCUUACCUGUGGACAACUAAUUCUCGCCAUACGUGCUCCUGUACUAGAUGAGACGCCCCCAGCCCCGUCUCCAGGGUCACAGCCUGGUGGACGCUGCCUGGGAAAGCUGUACCAGAGGUCCGGCCCAUUCAGAGCCCUCCCAGCACCCGGUAGUUGGAGAUGUGCUGCAGUUUCUGGGCUUUUUACCCAUCUGCUGGAGCAUCUUUCUGUCCUGUGGCGUUGAGAUGUGACCUCUGUAGGAUCCCUCUCCACUGCCUCCGUGCACGAUGAGCUGGUGUGGGAUGGCUGCUGGGAGAGCUCGGGAGCCAGCCGCAGAAUAGGGUGACCCUGUGAGCCAGCCAACAGCUACAGGGGGAAGCAGCAUCCCACCAGCACGGCCUCAGUGCCGUGAAGGGCUCGUAGGCAACACACACAGGUCAAGCCUGAAAUGAUGCCAAGUAGCCUGGGCUGAAUGCCAAUUCAGUAUGAAACAGAAAUGUGUCUCCCUGUUUUUAUUUCACUGUAUUCAUCUGUAAUCAAUUUAAUCUGUUUACAGAGCCAUUAUAGCAUUUUUGGUUAUUAGCUUGAUAAUUUGGAAAAGGGUCAUAAGCACUGGACAUUUGUCAUGCAGGGGAAAACAUGAAAACAGCAACAAAGUGCCACAAAAGUUGGCAAGGAGUCAUUUUCACCCUCCUUAUAUAAACUGGGAAUGCUCCCCAAAUCCUCUAGCUGACGUACUUGGAAGUGUACUUUUUUUUCAUCUUCUAGGAGUGGGGGUCAGUGCUGGGGAAGGACUUGUAGCAGGGUACUUGCAGGGUGGACCUAGCAUGUGGUAUCCUCCAUAGCUGGACAGUUGAUGUGCGGUGUAUGACUUCUGCAGCCGAAGAAGCUCUUCCAUGUCCUUUUAGAUCUGCUACCCUUGCACUGAGUCUCUUUCCAAGGACGUAUGCUGCAUGUCGCAUCUUUCAAAGUACGCUAAAAGCCAUUCCUUGCAUGUCUGUCUUCAUGGCUCAAUGCUGGGAGCGAGCAGGAGUUUAAAUAGAUGCUCUUUAUCAUUAUUUGUAGGUUCCUUGGUCCUCAAACUUCAGAGUGGCAUUACCAUGUGCAGUCACAGGGUGAGCAAUACUUUCAGCCUCGCAGUGUUUAUGUCUGGAGAGAACUUCUAUCUUUGCCUGGCAUGCUCUGCUGUUGUGACCCCUGCAUGUUAGCAUAAACUGCCCUGCAGAAUAACAGGAGGCUCCAAAAACUUUUAUUUCCAGGGAUGACCUACUGUACUGCUUCCACAUUCUCUGGUGUUACCUCUUGCAGAAAUGUGAAUAAUUGCUUUCCAUGAAACCAUCAGAGAGGUUCUAUUCAGCUUUUUUGUCCUCAGGUGCUUUUGUUGCAUUUUGCCAUAUCUCAGCAGUGGGACCAGUUCUGGGCUUGUCUCCUUUUCCUUCUUUUUCCCUUAAAGAAUGGUGAUGUUCUGCAGAUGUCUACAUGUUGAAAAUCCAUUUCCAAGUGGAACUGAACCAGCAGCCGUCUGAAAAGACUGUCAAGUCCCACGUCUGAAGGGAAUGAAGAGCAUCUCUCUUAGAUACCUGGCACCGUUACCUGGCUCACUUGCCUUUUUUGUAAAUAAAGUUGCAUGCGAUCUAAGUAGCUGUGGAGCAGUGGGGUGCAGCCAUGUACUAAGCUGGGCUGGUCCCUUUAUGGAACCAAGACAUGUGGGAUGCUACUUGAAAGGCUUCCAGGAGCCAAAUAGUCGUAAGUGUAUUUACAAGCCUUAAGGCAAGUCAAAAAUCCUUGUACAGUGCAGUUAGCUCUGUUCCAAAGAAAACGGGAGAUGCCAGCUCAUCCUGUUAAACACAGGUGAUGCAUUGACACAGCAGCAGAGACUUGAAUUCGCUACACUUACCCAUUGCAAAAUGCCUGGGUAACAAUCAUGGACACAGACAAUUUCAUAAUUUUUUUUCUACUUAGGAUAGAAAACCAAAAUAGCCCGCUACUACAUUUUCCUUGGACCUGGAGCUUGGGUUUCCACUGCUCUGUUUCUAGCUGGCUGCAAUGGCUGUUGCAUAGAUGGACGUUACAUUGCUCACAUACUAUGCCAUAAAUGAAAAAUUUGGAUUUCAUGCUUUCUGCUUGUCUUAAAAACAGAGGGUGCCAUGUUACUGGCAGGCAACAUCCUGUCUACACUUGCGUUGUUCAAGAUAAUACCGUCUGUCCAAUCCAGCCUUGCCCAGAAUGGAGCUAAACAGAUGGAGAACAUAAAAUUGCCUGUCCUCAGUGUCUAUAGAGUGAAUUUCCAGCACAGAAAGGACCACGUGGAAGCUGCCAUAGCAUGAAGGCUUGCUGUUUCAAAGAGGUCAGCACAGAGAACUGAAUGCACAGGGAAGCCAGCUGGGACAAGGAGCUCGAGAACAUAAUUCCAGGGAAAGUAUAGAAGAUUUUUAAGUUGAGUAUACAAAAGCAACUGGGAAUUUGCACACAAGAAAGGGGGGAAAAAUUGUAGGGAAGGCUUCAGACUUAAUUGAAAGGAUAGUCACAUUUACAAAGGAUGGCAGGGGAGGCAUGGAGACAGAAGAAAUGGAAAAAAGAACUGCUCACCAAAACCUAUGCUUGGGAGAGGUGGAAAAGCAUGGCUGUAUCAAGGCUUACCAAACUACAUCAGGUAGUAAAGGAAAUAAUAACAAACAAAAGAGUUCCAGAAUAUAUAACUGAAGAUGGAAGUUGGAAGGAAAAGCAGCAGCAGGCGGUGAAGGCAGGGUGGAAGUUAAAGGUAGCCUAGGUACUGUCACAAAUGGGAAAAGUGCUUUGUCCCAUUUUCAUGGUGGACAGGUCAGGGAUCCAGAACUGGAAAUGAAUGCUUCCUAAAUAAGGUCAAAACCCAAAGAUGGAUUGUACUCAGAUGUGUUUCAUCCCAGCAAACAAGCUGACUUAAAAGAUCAGCCUGGCCAGCUUUUCAGUGACUGAGUCACCAGUUCUUCAGUGACUGAAUUUCAAGAUGAAGGAAUCAUACAGAAAAUGGAAAUUUGGGUCAUUUGCUAAAGAAGAAGAUGGAAAAGGAAAAUGAGUGAAUAGAGACAACAUCAGACAGGCCAAGACACAAAAUGAGUUUUGACUAGGAAGGAUUAUAAAGCAUAUGAAGGGAUCAUCUUUUAAGGACAGGAGAAAUGACAAGGCUAAGGAAAGAUACAGUCCAUUACUGAAAGAAGGGAAAGGGAAAGAGGAGCUAUCAACAGAUGUACCUGAAAAUAAAUGAGCUGUGGAGAAACGGCAGAGAAUAAAGAAUUUAUAUAAAUAGAUAAAUACAUUGAGCAGCUGUCUCCGCUACCAUGUGCUCUCAUUUUUUCCUGCUGCCAGAGAGCACUGAUGUUUCUUAUUUAUUUACUUCUAAUUGCUGAGAUACAGACUUCCACUGAUGAGAUAAAUGUAGCUCAGGAUGCUCAUCUUCCCCUUCUCUUCUCUCAGGGUGUCUCCCUAGCAUCUAAAUCAUCUCUCCAUACCUCACACCAUCUCUCCAAAUGCUGUGGGCUCUCAGCCCCCUUCCCAAGCCCAGAAAACAGUCAGUGCCUGGAGCAGAGGCCAAGCUUCCUGACUGCCAGGUGUUUGUCCGGCUCCACGGGGCAAUGGCACAUCCAGCAAAAUCUUGGAGACUAGAUCGACGGAAAAGAGAUGGAAAAGGAGAGGAGAAUAAGGUGAGACUGGCAGCCGGGAGUGUGUGCUGAGAGGUCUGAUGUAGGUUGUUGGCAUGGAUCACAAGGGCAGAAAAGUUACAGCUGGUAUUUAUGAGGCUGCUGUUUCAAUUCAGGAUGAUGAGACAUUUUUCCUGCCCACUAAUGCAAUUGUUCACCUUUACCUACAAAAGAAACGCAACCCUGCACUUUUUGCCAAAUUGUGCUUACUUCUGCAAAGCAAAAUCCCUUGUUAUUUGUGCUACGGUCUCCAAAAGGCACGUGCGAAGUGUGAGUUGUGCAGAUUUGACGCACAUCGAGUUCUUCUAUCUACCUAGAAAUAACCUGUGUCACCACAGCUUUGCCGUCAGUGCAGACCUGUGUGUACAAAGUCCCAGUGAAGCCCAGCGUCGCUGGCUCCGUGGAAGCGGGUGAGAGCAGAGGUGGAGGUGCGCGGGGAGCAGCCGGGCGGGCGGCUGAGCAGAGCACAGGGGGCUGGUGGCAGCACGCUGGUGGAAAAGCUACCAGGAAAGAAAAGUCAUUCUGGAACAAGUUUUGCUUUUUGAUUGGUUUUUUUUUGAACGAAAGCUUUCCAGAAUAGAUGAAAACCUGAGCGGAGAAGCUCGGCAGGACUCAGGCAGCGAUGCGCUCUCAGUUCAGGGAGCGGCAGAGCAAUAGCACACGCAGGAAGAUUUCUUUGCAUUGUUCCCCUUGUUUAGCAAACACAUCUCCAGAUACCAGCAAUACUGUUAUCUGGCAGGAGCACUUCUCUAAAUCCCUUCAAUCAUUCUUAAUGGCCAGAACAAGUUUUCAUCAAAAAUACUCUCACAGAACAGUGUUUGUUUUCAAAAUACAGCUCUGUUUGGCCGGCUGCACCGUCUUCAUCGGCUGGAGUGAGAUAAAAGGGCCGAUCGCUUGGCUGAGUAGCUCAGAUCUCUCCUCAAGGGAAGCGGCACAUCGUCCGGAAGGAAGGCAAAGGAAACAGGUUUGCAGUUGUUAGCCUUGUGCUUUCUCUCUUCAGUGUGUGCUGCGAGGUGAGGAGACAGGUCUGUCCACAGGGAGAAGCUCCAGGUGGUGAGAAAACACCCAGUGUAUCUCCUUGCAGCCAGAAGUAAGAGAUUUGGAUUGGGACUAGUGAUGUGAAAUGAACCUGUAGGGCAGGGGAAUGGGAUUUCUCAUCAUCCCAGUUCAUUUCUGAACUGCAGCCACUCUAGGUCUCCCGUCAGGAGAAUUUUUUUCCGUGUGUACUGUUCAGUUUUGACAAAAAGGUGUGUUUGUUACAGCUGCAUUUUGACUGAAAAACUUGGAGUAGCUCUGGAAAAUAUGUAUGUUACUUAAUCAGACUGAAAAAGUAGGAUGCUUUCAUUCUGCAGAUAGGAGCCCCUGUCAUGGACCUGUUUGAUGCAAGCCAACAAUGUAAUUUAAAAUUUUGAAAUGUUAAAGGAAAAAUUAUUUUGCCAAUUACCUCCCUUAGCCAUGUGUUAGGUUCCUAAAGCAUCACUUGGAAUAUCUCAACGUUUUCAAAAUAGUUUUUGCUUAAGUGGAAGUGUCAUCAAGAAACAUUACUUUCAGUGAAAUAGUGUCUGAUCUUAACCCAUUCUGCUGUCCUGUUUCAAAACAAGAGGUAUGUUAGGAAGGAGCACAGGGCUCUCUGUAGCUCUGUCCCUGAUGUGGGCAUCUGUGCCAGUGUGAAUGCAAUUUAAACCAUGGUCUCAGGGUUGUGGUUAAUCAGGUCCAUAACUGAAAAUGAAUCAACCGGCACCACAGGAAGGUGCUUUUCUGUUUGAUUUGUCUGAGAUUAUUUUCCUUUAUUUAUUUAUCCAUGCAAUCUGCAUGAGCCCUGGAGCUAAGCAAAGCACAUGAUGUAUGUGACUGCAACACCUCAUGGCUGCCUGCUCUCCCGCCUUAGCUCUCCUGGUGCAAUGGAGGACACGUCAAGCCAGAAGUCAGGACAGAGCAAAGAGGUACUGAGCUCCCAAACACCAGAAGAGAGUCCUGCCGAUUUUGUACAUGUCAAAUUGGAGGAGUAUGAGCCCGCAGACUUCAGCACCAAGGAUCUCAUCCUAAAGAAAGCCAGAGAGGUCUGCACAUGCAAUCAUCAAACCAUCAUCACCUUCUUCUGUCAGCUGUUCCCAGUGCUGGACUGGCUUCCCCGUUACGACAUCAAGACGCAGUUGCUUGGGGACGUCGUAUCUGGGCUCCUGGUGGGGAUAGUUGCCAUCCCUCAGUCCAUCUCCUACUCCCUCUUAGCCAGCCAGGAUCCCAUCUACGGAAUCUACACCAACUUCUUCUGCAAUAUCGUCUACGUCGCUAUGGCCACGUCGCGCCAUAACUUCGUGGGCUCCUUCGGCAUCCUGUGUCUGAUGGUUGGGCAGUCUGUGAACCGGCACCUCCAGCUAGCAGGGUACAGCGGCGACAGCUCUGGCUCUUCCCUGGUGGGCAACUCCACCUCCUUCAGUAACGGGACAGGUGCCUGUGACAGGAGCUGCUAUGCCAUCACUGUGGCCCUUUCCUUAAGCUUUCUGGUCGGCCUUUACCAGAUCCUGCUGGGGGUUUUACAGCUGGGUUUUGUGGCUGUCUACCUGUCAGAACCUCUGCUCAGUGGCUUUGUGACCGGCUCCAGCCUCACCAUUAUCACCUCCCAGAUGAAGUAUCUCCUGGGACUGAAAAUACCUCGUCACGAAGGGGUGGGGUCCUUCCUCCUGACGUGGGUUGACCUUUUCAGAUACAUCCAGAACACCAACAUCUGUGACCUGGUCACCAGCCUGGUUGCUUUGGCUAUCAUAGUGCCUGUCAAAGAGAUCAAUGACCGGUAUAAGGAGAAGAUGAAGGCCCCAUUCCCCAUAGAGCUGCUGGUGGUCAUUGUAGCCACAGUAAUAUCUUACUACUUUAACUUCGAAGAGCGAUACAAGUCUUCUGUUUGUGGGGAUAUCCCCACUGGUUUCAGGAAACCCACUCUACCAGAUAUAAACCUGUUUUCCAGCCUGGCAGUUGAUGCUCUGCCCAUUGCUGUUAUUGGUUUUGCUAUGACCGUCUCCCUGGCGGAAAUCUUUGGCAAAAAGCACGGCUACGCUGUCCGUGCCAACCAAGAGAUGAUUGCCAUUGGCAUGUGCAACCUGAUCCCUUCUUUCUUCUACUGCUUUGCCAGCUCUGCAGCCCUGACCAAGACUCUGCUGAAGGAGUCCACGGGGACCCAGACCCAGGUGUCCGGCCUGGUCACCUCCCUGGUGCUGCUGCUAGUGCUGCUGUGGAUCGCCCCACUCUUCUACUCGCUGCAGACCUCCAUCCUGGGGGUGGUCACCAUUGUCAACCUGCGGGGGGGCCUGAGGAAGUUCCAUGAUACCCCCCGCAUGUGGCAGCUCAGCAAGCUGGACACGGUGGUGUGGUGGACAACCAUGCUGUCCUCCACACUGAUCACCACAGAGAUUGGGCUCCUCGUGGGCGUCUGCUUCGCUCUGCUCUGCAUCAUCUUCCGCACACAGAGACCCAGGGCCACGCUCCUGGGCAAGGUCAGCAACACAGAAAUCUAUGAGGACCAGUCCACUUACAAGCAGCUCAGCAGUAUUGCCAACAUCAAAAUCUUCCGCUUCGAGUCAUCCCUCUACUAUGCCAACAAGGACUAUUUCAAGACAGUUCUCUACCAGAAAACUGGGGUAAAUCCUAUCCUGCUGGCUGCUAAGCACCAAAGGGUGGAGGCCCAGGCAAAUGCAGACACAGGCAACAGCAAGAGCUUCUUUGGCACCAGGCUUGACUGCCUGAAACCUGCCAAGCAAAGGACUGAGAAGCCUCCAGCAGAUGCCUGUCCUCCCUCCAUAGAUAUGCACACCUUAAUCCUUGAGUGUGGGGCAAUGCAGUUCAUAGAUACUGUGGGUCUCUCUGUGCUAAAGGAGAUACAUCAUGACUACAAGGAGAUUGGCGUCCAGGUGCUCCUGGCCAACUGCAACCCUUCCAUCCGCCACCGGCUCCGGGAGGGAGGCUGGGCUGGUGAGACAGACAGUGGUGGUCAGCUGGCUUUCCACAGCGUCCACGAUGCAGUGCGGUUUGCUGAACGGCGGUACCACGUGCAGCGGGAGAGCUUGGAGAAAAAGGAUGCUGUCCUGGACCCCGAAGACCUGAUCUUCCAGGGGUCUUUGUAGACUUGUGUGUGAGGAAUGGUAUCUAAUGGGGCUGGGCUUGGCUGUUUGCCCAAGAAUACUUCAAUUUCAAUGAAAAGACAGCAGAAGAGUUGACAAGACUCCUGACCGUGGGGACCUUAUUACCAGAGCUGGAGAAACUGGUGAGCACCUCGGCACAGGUAGCUCUGCUUGCUCUGAGUGUGGCAAUCAGUAGGUGACAGCUUGCUGUGAUCCGUGGGGGUGGCAGACGUGUCAUGCUGGCACAAAGUGGAGGAUAUCAGAAGAGUGAUAAUACACGUCUCAGAAACUUGGACAGAAACUCUUUUCCUUGGUGCUGUCAUCACUGAAAAAAGAAACUGUGUUCAUGCAAAUAACUCACUGUGUGUGGCCUCAAAGAGGAAGCACAGCAGCUGCUGCUGGUGAAAGGUGAUUUCAUCUUGCAGAGCCCUUCCACCCCUCUGCCUGGCCUGGCCUACUGUCCCCGUUAUUUGGCUUAAAAUAUCUGCUGUGUUCGGGAAGCUGCAUAAUGAAUUUCCCUUCAAAGCUGUAUGAAUGUUGCAGUGUAUUUUGCCAAAACCAGUGUGGAAACUGCAGAAAGGAGAAGUGAAAAUGGCUGAAGAUUGAAUGUGGCACAACAGUAGGGCUGCUCACAAGUGGAAUCGUCUACAUGCUGCCAUGGAAACACCAGCCUUGGUCCCCAGCGCAGUUUGAAGCCAUCUGCAAGGGAACAAUUGUUGGCCUGUUUGUAUAAAAUCAUCCGGGGUGGUGCCGGGUGGCGUGCGGCUGGCCAAGGGGAAGCCGCACUGAGACACGACAGGACGUGCUUGUCACACUGAAUAAUGGGAUGUACAAAUGCCCGCAGACAGGAUCCACAACGUCCUGUCUGGAGAAGAGCUGAUGUGCAAAACCAGUGUGAAUCAAAUUGGUUUGAAUGAGUUGGAGUGAGCGUUUGAUUCCCAGGGGCUCCAGCACUUUGCGUGCGAUGGUUAUGGGCGUUCACGCUGCCAGCUUUUCGGUUUGUGUGAACACGGGGACCUCCAUGCAAGCAGAGGUCUGUGUGUGCAAAGAAAAGUCUUCUGAGAGGCAACAGCGUGGGAGCCCCCAGCAGGCUGCUGCUCCUGUGGAGCUGAAUUUCAAUUGCUCCAGGGUGGGAAAGGGAGCCAGGUUAACUUUCUGCAUAUGAACAGCUCGACUGAACACACCGGGCUUAUGAAGCUCUUGGCAUGAGGCACGUGCAGAAGACUGAGCAUCAGCCAGCAUUUGCCAAAACUGCUGGGGAACCAGCUCCUGUCUUUACUCAACCAUGCAUUGGGCUUCAAAUCUGUGAAGAGCAGGUUGUGUUCCCAGGCAGUUGCCCUACCCGAAAAGAGAUGGACAUGAAAAAGAAAAGUACAUGAGAAAUGGCAGAGAAUAACCUGAUCCACACUAACUUCCUCCCUUGCUUUGGCAGGACUGCUAAGCCCAGGAUUGCUCUGCUGGUUCAUGUCCUAAAUGUGCUGGGUACGCGCUCUGAUGUCAUGAGUGUGUGUCGCUGAGAUCUCACACCGAUGCCACAAGGAAACCCACCAGAGAGCCCUGCCAGAGGAAGGUGUCCUUUCUCUGCUGGGAAUGGGCGAGGGUGCAACCUGCUGGCUGCCAGCGGAGGCCAGCUCUGCCCUCCACCCUUCAGAGGUCCUUCAGCGCCAAGAAUUUGUUUCUUCUUACUUGUGAUCCACCCUGAAGGCCAGCACAGGCAGCGCAGAGGCUCAGGACUUUGCCUGAAGAGUCCACGGAGGAGCUGAUUUCUCUUUGUUGGCAGAAAGAGGAGCUCAAACAGCCUCGUAGUGUGUGUGCAUUGAACCUGCCGAGCUGAGCUUGCACGCCCGCAGUCCUUCCCCCACCACCCCAGCAGCCCAGCGCAGCCCUGCCUGAGCCCGAGCCCUGCCUGACACAGCCGGCAGUCGUUCAUUCGAGCUAGCUUGUAAACCCCCUUCAUUUCUGCUUGUCCCCUGCUUUGAGCUCAUUUUCCUCUGAGAUCCCCAUGACUGCACUUUACGUUUGUGAACGUUCAGGGGAAAAGAUUUUGAAGCUUCUAGGCUGAGAUGCCAGAAUAGACUCGCUUUCUGGGAGAAUUUGCUGUGGUUAACCUGACUACAAACAUCUCAUUCAGCCAAGCAAAGAGGAGAAAAAUUACUUGGCUUUAAUCUGGUUCAUCUUCAAAAAUACUUAAUAAAAGAGGGAAAAUAAAUUCAGGGGGGCUCGUGGGCAUCCUGAGAGCAGAAAAAGAGGUAAAAUUAAUCCUAUCAAUAAUCCAUGAUGAAUGAUUCACUCAGCUCUUUUAUUCACGGUUGCAUAUAGUUAUCCUUAUUCACGCAGAGAUGCAGUACUCAUGGAAAUAUAUACAGACUCAUAUGCAUAUAAAUUACGAAGCCCAGCGAGGGCUCCUACGCAGCCGGGGUUACAGCUCAGCGUAGCUCGCACAUCGUACACGGCUGCACGGACCUCGCUCCUGCUGGGCUGAGCACAGGUCGCCGGGCAGCCGCCGGGCUCUUUGGAGCUUCAGGAGGUUUCUGCACGGCCACGUGCCAGGGCUUGGCUCCUUGCUGCUUGCACUUUCCCAGCAAGUUCAUCCAUGUGCUCUAGCAGGGAUGAGGAAGGGAAGGGGUCUGUGUCACCCUCCCUCCUGGCAGGGGGCACUUAUGGGAAGAAGGGCUAUAAAGCCAGCACGGCCCAGUGUCCAGCACGCUCCAUGCUGCCUGGUGGGAGAGGUGACGCCGGUGUCCCCAGCCCUCAGCUGCCUCCACACAGCUCCCCUGCACUGAGGCUUCCCUCUCUUUUGCCAGUUUGUACCAGAAUCUUUUCUCUGGUUUCAGUGGUGUGGUCCCAACCCCCCGGCAGCAGCAGCCAGUGCCUCCUGCAGCGCAGAAAGACAAACACCCGACCGCCCCAGGGUGCUGUGAGCUGAGAAGCUGGCUCCUUGCAGCACUGGGGGGGGGGAGUGGCAGGAGGCAGGAGAUGUAUUUCUGCUUUCCAAGCAGCUCUUUUUCUUCCAAAACUUCUUUGCAGGAGAAAA